CAAGUCCGAACUUCAGAGCAGCACAUUCGGUCGAUUUUAAUUGUCAUAUAGCGUGCUUAUAUUCUGUUACAUUAUACGGGUUGAUUGCUCGUCGUUGCGCAUUGUAACGCAUUGUUGCGUUCGUAAAUUUUGUCGGCAUAUAGUUGGGAAAUAUGGUACCUCUCGGCCCAUCGCCGGGACAUCAAACGUCCGUGAAUAAUUCUUCCAGCGCGACCGCCAGCGGAACGAAAAACGCGAUAGUGAAAUCAAAUUAUACAUUGAAAUAUACUUUGGCGGGUCAUACUAAGGCAGUAUCUUCUGUCAAAUUUAGCCCCAAUGGAGAAUGGUUGGCCAGCUCAGCUGCUGAUAAGCUUAUCAAAAUUUGGGGUUCUUAUGAUGGAAAGUUCGAGAAGACUAUAGCUGGUCAUAAGCUGGGUAUUUCUGAUGUAGCAUGGUCUAGUGAUAGUAGAUUGCUGGUAUCAGCUUCUGAUGACAAGACUUUAAAAAUAUGGGAAUUAAGUUCUGGUAAAUGUUUAAAAACGUUAAAAGGUCACAGUAAUUAUGUUUUUUGUUGUAAUUUCAACCCACAGUCCAACCUUAUAGUCUCUGGUUCUUUUGACGAAAGUGUGCGUAUUUGGGAUGUGAGAAGCGGAAAAUGCCUUAAAACCUUGCCGGCACAUUCAGAUCCUGUAAGUGCAGUGCAUUUCAAUAGGGAUGGCUCUUUAAUCGUCUCGAGUAGUUAUGAUGGAUUAUGUCGAAUUUGGGACACCGCAUCAGGACAAUGUCUAAAAACUCUGAUAGACGACGACAAUCCUCCAGUAUCAUUUGUCAAAUUUUCGCCGAACGGCAAGUACAUCUUGGCAGCAACACUGGACAACACAUUAAAGUUGUGGGAUUACAGUAAAGGGAAAUGCCUGAAAACGUACAGCGGCCACAAAAAUGAGAAAUAUUGCAUCUUCGCGAACUUCUCUGUAACGGGUGGAAAGUGGAUUGUAUCCGGCUCUGAAGAUCACAUGGUGUACAUUUGGAAUUUACAGACAAAAGAGAUCGUACAAAAGUUACAAGGACACACAGACGUAGUACUUUGCACAACAUGUCAUCCGACAGACAACAUUAUAGCUUCGGCUGCUCUUGAGAAUGAUAAAACUAUCAAACUAUGGAAGAGCGAUACGUAAAAAUAGUUUGUAAAGUCAUUCGCUGUUAUUAUCUGUACAAAUCUGUGUUUUUAUGUUGAAAGAAAGAACGAUGACAUUGUAAAGCAUAGAUCAUAGACAUUAGAUAUAAAGUAAAAUGCUAUUUUAUAUCAAAAUAAUAUUUUAUUAUUGAUAUAAUGUUAUAUAAGCUUUCUUAGCUUAAAGUAAUUUCGGUACUAUCACUUGUAUUUUCUCUUACGAAUAGAUUAGAAAUAGUUAACUUUGACUGAACAGUAUUAAUUCAAAUCUCAUCGUGAUUGUACAAAUUAUAUCUUUAAAAUUAGGGAUAUGCCGGAUAUCUGGGAAAUAUCCGGUAUUCGGUAUUUUCUACUAUCCGAUCAGAUAUCUUAGUAUCCGAUAUGUCCGACCGAAAUUUUAUAUUGAAAGUUUAAGAUAUUGAUGCAGAAUUUCAUUCUGUCUUUUCUUUUUUUGAAGUUAUGUACUAGAUAUUCGAUCAGAUAUCCGGGAAAAUAUCUGGUAUUUGGUCGGAUAAUUGCCCUAUCAGAUAUCCGACUGAAUAUCGGGCAUCCGAAGAAUGUGACACCAGAUAUUUGAUAUCUGAUGCAUCCCUGUUUAAAA